CGAAGAUGCCGAACUUUUUCGAGGUUGAUAAGAAAAAGUUAUAUGAGAUCAGCGAUGAUCCACAGAGGAAGGAAUUCCUGGAUGACCUCUUCUCCUUCAUGCAGAAGCGGGGUACACCCAUCAACAGACUACCGAUAAUGGCUAAAUCAGUGCUAGAUCUGUACGAGCUCUACAACCUGGUGAUAGCCCGCGGCGGUCUGGUGGAGGUGAUUAACAAGAAGCUGUGGCAGGAGAUCAUCAAAGGACUCCGGCUACCGUCCUCCAUCACAUCUGCCGCGUUCACCUUACGCACACAGUACAUGAAAUACUUGUAUGAUUACGAGUGUGAGAAGAAGAAUCUGUCUACCAGGAGUGAGCUGGAUGCGGCCAUUGAAGGCAACAAGCGAGAAGGGCGUCGAGCAUCAGGACAGUAUGAUGCUCAAGCAGCUUUGGCUAUGCCCCCUCUAAACCGCGUCCCCGCGUCUCUGGCGCAGCUGUCCCAGCAUAUGCAGCCGCUGUCACUGUCUCUGGGGGGCGUGGCCCCGCGCCUGCCGCCGCUACCGCCGCAUGCGCCGCAUCUUGGCCAGCACGACAUCGAGUACAGGGUCCGCGAGUACAUGAAGAUGAUACAACAGCAAAGAGAGCUUAUGCGAAAUGGCUCUGAAUCCCCUCCCAACAACGGUCCAGCACCGAUCAUGUCGCCACGUGACGCAGCUGCCCUCAGUGCCAUCGACGUGUCCCGCCUCACUCUCUGGUCGUUGUAUAACAACAAUAACAACAACAGCCCACAGCCAGACCUUGAACCACAACGCGAGGCUCUGAACCUGAGCGAGAGCCCGAACUCGCUGACUAGCGGGGGCAAGCGCGAGGCGUGCCGGUCGCCCGCGCCGCCCGCCAAGCGGCGCACGCCGCGGCCAGCGUCCCGCCCCGCCUCGCCGCGCUCCGACCUGCACUCGCCGCCCGCGCACCGCCACGCGCAUGCGCGCCGCGACGACUCCUCGGCCUCACCGCCUCAGGUCAACGGCGUGCCCACUACUAAUGGCGUCAACGGGGCUGCUUUCAAGAUCACUACCAGAGGUGACGCGAACUCAGGAGACCACCAACUUGUCGUUUCGAUAGAGCUGAACGGAGUGACGUACGAAGGCGUUCUCUUCCCGUCAGGGAACGGUCAAAACGGACACAGACAAAUGGUGUCUUAA